AUGUAUGAUGCUUCCUGUGAUACCCAUUUUGGCUUCUGCUGUGACAUUGAUGAAGAAAUAGCUCAGGCACUAGCAAGUGUGCCUGGAGUAUUGACAGUUAAACCAGAUCCUGAUUUUGAUUCGACGAAGAAAGAUUACAGCUCGCCAAAGUUUGAAUUGAGUGCCGAAUUAACAAAUAGCCCUUUUAAUAGAAGAACAUUACUGUUUCCUGCUGGCACUACUAAGCACUGGCUCGUUCGAGUGGACCGACCAGCAAUUGGAGCCAUUAGAAAGGCCCAAAUCGUUGAUUAUUAUGCCCAAGUCCUAAAGAGAGUUUUGAGGAAUGAGAAAGAUGCUCAGAUGUGUAUGUAUCAUGUUUCGUGGGAAUCCAACUAUGGUUUCUGCUGUGAGCUUGAUGAUGAGUGUGCUCGAGAGUUACUUGCUGUGCCUGCUGUCCUAUCAGUUGAACAAGAUGAAAAUUUCGGUUCUGAUAUUAAGGAUUAUGGAGGUGAGAGUUCUAGAGCCUCGGAAGAAUCUUCAGCAUCAAAUCUAACAAGCAAUAUCAAAACAAAGAAGCUCUUUGUGACAGGUCUGUCCUUCUAUACAUCUGAGAAAACCUUACGCACAGCAUUUGAAGGUUUUGGUGAACUUGUGGAAGUUAAAGUCAUAAUGGACAAGAUUUCCAAAAGGUCCAAAGGUUAUGCCUUUUUGGAGUACACCACUGAGGAGGCUGCUAGUACCGCUCUAAGAGAAAUGAACGGGAAGAUCAUCAAUGGUUGGAUGAUUACAGUCGAUGUUGCAAAGAAAAAUCCUCCCAAGUUUAGCAGGGGCCAACCAAGACCAGCUACAUCCUGA